UUUACAUCCUUCAAUUUUUUCAAAAAGUUUUUUCAAUAUUUUUCCUAUCAAUCAAUACUUUUAUUAAAAUAAUCAACAAUUAAGUGAAACUACAACAACAAACCAACAUACAAACAUAGUUUUGAGUGUAUUCUUAAUUCAUCAUUUAAACACAAUUUUGUAAUGAAGAUUUUAAUACCUACGUAUAGUGAUUAUGAGUGAAACCGAUGAUACAGAGGAUUUAUUAAUAAUACCUCCAGAUUUCUUUACAGUGCACACCGAACCGGAGCCCCCUUAUUACAAUAUAGUUGAUAAUUUAAUAAAACAGGUUUCAAACCUACAAAAUCGUAUUGAAGGUAUUGAAUCAAUGUCCGAUGUAAGCAUUGUUGGCAGCUGCUUAGAUAGUUCAAUCAAAAUGAGCUCACUUUACCCUAAAAAUACUUCUUCAAGAAGAUAUUACAGUCACGAUGAUCUUUAUCAACCUUCCAGUACUCAAACUACACCUCAGAAACUCUCCUCAGAUAGAAACAAAUUGAAUUCUUUACCAAACACUCCUAGUAUUAACAAGAAAAAUAAUGUCAGAUUUAGCUCACCAAAUCAUAAAGAUAAUCCAGAAGUUUUACAUGAAAUAGACACGUUUAUAUCUAAUGUGAAAACAAUCCAAAGAAAUCAUGCAGUUAGAAGCCUACAGCACGAUUUUACUAAACAAUCUCAAGAAGACAAAUUGAAUAAAGUCAAAUCCUGGAAGUGCAAUGAGGAUGUUGAUACAAUUCCUGGCAUAAGAGAUUUAGGAAAUAAACAGCAAAAUGAAAUUCCUGUAAAGAGAAGCUUUUUCAAAGCAAAUUUCCAAACAUCUGACUGUGAUUCUAAUGAUAGUAGCUCUGAAUCUACACAAUUAACUGCACUUAAAAAAAUGGAAGAUUUUGAUAGAUUUGAGACAAAAUUGAAUGGAAAUGAAGAUCAUCUGUUCAAGAAAUUAAUGGAUAAUGCAAAUAAUGUGGAGGGAAGAGCUCCUAAGAAAAGAGGUAUCAAUACUUUGACCGAUAACUACAGCCUUUUAAGUUUAGCUGAUAUUUGGGGCUCAGGCCAGCUAAGCCCUAGCAAAAUGUCUCAGAAAAUACAAGAAGAAAGACUCAGACGUCAACAUUGUGAGCAACUCAUCCACGAGUUGCAGAGCAAAAACCUGGAAAUGCAAGAAAAAUUGUCUGUAGCUGUCAAAGUAGAUGACAGUAAAAAUAAGGCUUUGCAAGAGUUUAAAGACAGUUUGGAUGCAGUUUCUCUACAUAUGGAAAAGUUAAUAGAAGAAAAAUCUAUGUGGGAACGUGAACUAGUUAGGCAGAAAAAUCAACACUCUAUUGAAAUUGAAUCAGCAAAUCAGAAAGUCAAUUACUAUGAAAAAGAAGCCUCAAAGUCCCUAAGUCUUGCACGUGGAAAUCAAGAUAAAAUUUCUGAUCUAGAAACUAGAUGUUCAGAUUUACAAUCAAAACUAAGCGAAAUUGAAAUUAAGUUUAAAGAAGUCGAUGAAAACUAUGAAGUUGAAUUUGGUAGAAACAAGCAACUGGUGGAAAUUAUCAGCCAAAAAGAAAUAGAGCUGAAAGAGAAAAGAAAUGUUUUGAAUAAUGCUAGAGAUGAGGUGGCUCAUAGCCGAAAAGCUGUGGAAGUUUGCCAAGCUGAGUUUACAGUGCUAAAAGAGGAAUGCAACCGGCUGCAAUCUGAACUAAAAACGGAAAAAUCCAAAGUAUCAAAUUUGAAUGAGCAGAAAAAAAAACUCCUAACAGAUCUAGAGGCAUGCAAACAAACUGAAAAAUCCCUAAAAGACAAUCUAGAACAAUCCAAACAAAAACUCGAAAACACCAAAUUAGAACUGAGAAACUUCUAUCAGGGCCAAUUAGAAAUAAUAGUAGAAAACAAGCGAAAAGAAAUGCAAACGCAAUUAGAUCAAGAAAGACAAAACAGCCAAGAAGAAAUCAAACGCAAAGAACUAUCAAUGGCCAAAGCAGCAGCCAACCACAUCAAAGAAGUAUCAGAAAAAUGUGUCUUAGAAACAAAAUUACUCGACCAAAAACACCAAGAAGAAAUCAGAUUGUAUCAAAUGCAACUGACUCAAAGUCACAAGGAAAUUGAAAUUCUACGCAGCAAACUGGCUCAUUUACCCGAAAAAAGAGCCCAAAUUGCCAAGCAAAUACAAAAAGUAAUGGAAAAUCAAUGGAAUGAGGCUUUGAAAAUGAUCGACGAUACUCCAACGCCUGAAAGAUCAGAACACGGAUAUGCUUGCAAAAAGGAGGAAAUUUAUAAGAGAGAGCCUGAAAGUGUUUCGGAUUUAGAUGAAACUCCUGUUUCAAGUCGUGGAGGACAACAAAAACAAUCAGACAGUGAAAUACAGAAGUAUAUAAAUAUGCUUUUGAAUAGACCUCCUGGAAAUCCUUUACCAGAAACUCAAGACCAAAAACCAUCACAAACUCAACAGAGAAGCUCUUGGCACCCCAGUGUGAGAUCUAGAAAGCCCAAAUAGAAUGUCAGAAUGGCGCCAAUGCUCAGCAAAAGAUAGAAAACCUCCUUGGAAAUGACAUUGUGACUUUAUAUAUUUUUUUUUUAGGAUUCAAUAUACUACAAUUUCUUAUAUAAAUGAAACGGCAUUUUGACGAUUUUGAAACUAUUUUUAUUCAAUGCAAAAAUUGUGUUACCGAAAACACAGCAGACAACCAAAAAAAAAACUCUGCACCUCAACCAUUAUUAACAAAUGGCAAAUCGGAGUAGCUAAUAAUAUAAUCAUUAUUAUAUAUUUACAACAAACGAUUAACUAUUAUGAAAAAAUAUUGAGUUACAAAAUAAUGAAAGUGUUAUGUUCUUGUGAAAUAAUAAUUCUAUAAAAACUAAAAAAUCAUAAAUACAAAAAAACAAAAAAAAAAAUACAUUAAGUGGUAUUUAAAAACUAACAACUUAUUAAUUCGAGUGUGCGCGACCGUACAAAUAUGAAAUUAGAAAAUUAUUUACGGAUUUUUUUUCCCUCGUUUUUUCACUAACACUGAGCAGUCUUUUUGCAAAUGUGACAGUAUUGCAACACUGUCUCGACGUUGAUAAGAAAAAAAUUUUUUUUUGGUUCACAGAACCUAGACAGUCCAUUCGUCUCGUCUAAGUAACGGGCAGUUGACCACCCUCGAUUAAUUCACUACUUCGGGAAUUUAUACACUUACUAGGUUACGCAACAAAUGAAGAAAAAAUAAUGAAAAAAUAAAAAUGUCUUCUCUUUUAAAUAACACUUGCCGAGGGAGGGGGCAAGUAACAACACCAGUUGGCAGCGAUUUAAAUUAGGAAAAAAAAAAGAAAAAUUCCAACUAAAACUUAAGUGAUGCAUUAAUUGUUUUGCCCCCUCCUAUGUGAACCUAUUUAAUUUAAUGUGAAUUUUAAGCAGCCGUUCCGUUAACGAGCGCCUCUUUGGGCUUGGGGUUGUCGUUUCGGCGCGACGGAGGCGGCCGCCUCGGUUUACCAUUAUUACCGUUGGAGGAUCCGUUGUGUUUCGGCAAUCCGUUAUUGGUUGGCAGUUGGUCUUGUAGAGGUUCUGAGUGAUUCAACGUUAC